UGUGGUACAGUCCCGUCUGGUUUGUUUUGCUCGCCUACUACUUGAAUGGUGCUCGGUGUGCUCUCCUCGGUAUCCCCGCCCUGCUGUCAGGAGUGGAGGCGGAAGGAGGGGUAAAGUGCACGGGCGGCAGCACCUCAGUCACCUGGUAACAAGCGACAGUGACGCCGCUUAUUCCCUCCCGCUCACCUCCCGGGAAGAGAGUCCCGAGCCCCAUAGAGGGGAGGCUGCAGCUCUCGAGCGUCUCCAGUGGCAUGCUUCCGGGUGCAGCGCGGACCGCCUUGUCAGCCUGCAGAUCCAUCUGAGCUCUUCUAUCCGCUUACCUGCACCUCAUCCGCGCGAGACAUGGCCGCGCUCCGGAGAAGAGGGGCCGCUGGAGAGGCCGAGCGCGACCACAGUGACCGGGAACCGGUGGAGGACAAGUAUGUCGAGGCAGAUGCUGACUCAGCAUUUGAAGGUGAUGUUGCAGAUGCCCCGCCUCCUACAGAUGGCACCCCACAGCUGCUGAACAAUGCUCUAUCUGGCAUGUCAUCUAGAUGGAAAAACUGGUGGAUUCGGGGUAUUUUCAGCUUAACAAUGAUUACAUCGUUUUUUUUCCUCAUCUACUUGGGUCCUGUCAUGCUGAUACUUUUGGUAUCUGCGAUCCAAGUGAAAUGCUUCCAUGAAAUAAUAUCUAUCGGCCACCGAUUCUACAAGUCUUAUGAGCUACCUUGGUUUAGAAGUCUUAGUUGGUACUUCCUUCUGUGUGUUAACUACUUUUUCUAUGGGGAGACUCUGGCAGACUAUUUUGCUACUUUUAUACAAAGGGAAGAAUUUCUCCAAUUCCUCAUCCGCUAUCAUCGUUUUAUAUCAUUUGCACUUUAUGUCAUAGGUUUCUGCAUGUUUGUCUUGAGCCUAGUGAAGAAGCACUACCGUCUCCAGUUUUACAUGUUUGGAUGGACUCAUGUCACUUUGCUGAUUACUGUCACACAGUCUCAUCUUAUCAUCCAAAAUCUUUUUGAAGGGAUUAUCUGGUUUUUAGUUCCAGUUUCCAUUGUCAUUUGUAAUGACAUCAUGGCUUAUCUUUUCGGGUUCUUCUUUGGUAGGACCCCGUUAAUAAAGCUGUCGCCCAAAAAAACAUGGGAAGGAUUCAUUGGUGGAUUCUUUUUGACUAUAAUAUUUGGAUUUAUGUUUUCGUACAUUUUAGCACAGUUCCAUUUCUUUGUGUGUCCUGUGGAGUAUAACGGUGAAAUCAACAACUUCUCGGCCAGCUGUAAACCAUCCGAGCUGUUCAGACUCCAUGAUUACACAGUUCCCCCAUUUCUGCACUCACUGUUGGGAUGGACAACUGUCCGCCUGUACCCAUUUCAGAUACACAGCAUCGCCCUAUCAACUUUUGGUUCACUGAUUGGGCCAUUUGGAGGCUUCUUUGCUAGUGGCUUCAAGCGAGCCUUUAAAAUUAAGGAUUUCGCUGACACUAUUCCUGGGCAUGGCGGGAUUAUGGACAGAUUUGACUGUCAGUAUUUGAUGGCCACCUUUGUCCAUGUGUAUAUUGCCAGCUUCAUAAGAGGUCCAAAUCCCAGCAAAGUCCUGCAACAACUAUUAACUCUGCAGCCAGAACAACAACUAAACAUCUACAAAGUAUUGAAGACCCACUUGAUGGAGAAAGGGGUCCUCUAAGGAGCAACACUGACCUGACCUGUAACCUGUGUUCAAAGACUAUUUCUAUGGCGCCGGAGCUAUUGCACUGACCCCAGAGCAUUCAGCCAAAGCCGGUCAGUUUUCCCUUGCUAGUUCCCUGUAGAAAAGGCACAAGGCUGCCUUCCUCAUGCACACUGAAGCAUUGUAGCUGACUGCGUGAAGCUCUGAAUGUCCAUUAUGGAUACUGUGAUCCAAUAGCUCUUAUUUCCAUGUGCGUAUACUAAAGAAGGGGGCAGUUUUCCUUUAGUGAUGACUAUGCACAGUUUCUCGCAGGAAGGGACUGACGUACGGUUUGCUGUUCACAUUGUGUACCUCCUCCUGCCGAAUAGAUGGAAUCCUGACUCCACUUUCUUCAUAUUGCUUUUAUGGGAUAGAUUUUAUGUUUUGCAAUGUUUAAAUGAGCAUCAACAUUUUUUUUAAUAGAUUGUAUUCUUUUUAAGUUUUGUCCUUGGAGACAAUGUAAUGCAUUUAUGGUAUUUAUUGACUGUACCCGUGACACAUUGAAGUCAUACAGUGCUACCACAUAAUGCUGAUUUAGAGCAGCUUUACAUGAGUAGAAGGUUAUGAUGGCCUGCAAUGCCUUCUUCUCAUCCUUAUCAAAAGGGAAAUGGUUUUACAUAAAAACAAAACUCCUAGGCAUGGCAUAGUCAUGGAAGGAGGGGAACUUGUUCAUGACAACCUAUGUACUGAAAUAGUACAGGAUUAUGCUAAAACCUGUGAACUCUUUCAGUUCUGUCCAAGUAGAUUAGUGAAUAAUGUCCUCAGAAUGUGGAUAUCUGUUUCUACACCCCAUGUUGUACCCCAGCCAGAGUUCCUGGGGCUUUAGUAUAGGACACAUCCCUUGGAUCUGAGGAGUCUGUCCUGUUCAUGCCUCAUGUUGUUCUUUCCUUUUGCAUAUACAGCCUUUGUGUGCACUAAAUCCUUCUUCCUGAAUGAAAGUUUACUGCAGUCGUGCGCUUCAUGCUGCCGCUGCACUACAGUAAUACACGUAUAGAUCAUACGAGUGUAUUACUGUAGUGCAGCGGCGGUAUGAAGCGCACGGCGUCAUACCAACCAAUGACGCCGUGUGCUCCUGCUGUUAGCAGGAAUCUAGGCCGGCAUACCACGGACCGUUCACGGCUGCGAAACACGGCCGUGUGCAUUCGGCCUAAUACUGAGAGUCUGUGAGUAGAAUAUCAUGUUUAGAGGGAAAUACUGAUCCUCACUGGGAAGGGUAUGUAACCACAAGGGCUGACUAUGACGAAGAGAGAAGUCUAAGUAUCUUAAGUUUCCUGACGUCCUGAUCCAUCACAGCUAGGCAUUAUUUAGUUUUAAACACUGCGCAAAAUUGCUUGAAGGGGUAUUCCCAUCUCAGACAUUGAUGGCAUAUCGCUAGGAUAUUUAAUCAAUGUCAAAUAGGUGCACGUCUCACCUCUGGGACCUACUCCUACCUCUAGAAUGCGGCACCCCAAAGUGAAGGAGAGCACACCAUUUAGCUAUUUUCAGAAGUCCUAUAACUGCGAAUGGAGAACGCACUGCGCAUGCACGGCCACCUCUCCAUACACCGAUGGGAAUGCCGGAAAUAGACGCUCCAGCGCUCCGCUAUUUUCAGUGUGCUUUCCUUCACUUUGGAGGGCACGAUCUCUUGUGAGACUUUCAUCGGGGACCAUCAGUCCGUGCCCAAGAAGAUCACAGUAUUUCUGUGAAAAAAAGGAAGCUAUCCGGACAGGUCGGAAUAAGUAUAAGUGUUCAUAUGGUUUGUCUGAAAGACCCCUCCAUUAUAUAUGAUAUAAUGUGAACCUAGCACUCCCCUUAGGACCCUUUUAUCAGACAUGUCACACCACAAUUGACUGUAGUCAAACUGGUAUUUCUUCACUGGUGAUUCUGUACAUACUGGGGCAGAUUUACUUAUAGUGUCUUACUUUGCACUGUGUAAGAAUAUGAAUCAUAUACGUAAUGUUAGACAAAUGUACUAGUUGUGGUGCGUGGACCUUUGUAAAUUUGGAGUGUCGUAAAUCCCGCACCAGAUUUAUGCUUGAAUUUUGUCCCUGCGCCAAAAAACUGUCUAGUCUAAGUUAUUGCCACAUAUAAGUUGGCUUAGUUUUACUCCAAAAAUGCACCAACAUUUUUGUGGCCACAUUUAAGCUAUGCCCCCUUGUUAGACGAGGUGAAAAAGGUUACAAUAGUGUGUAAAAUGGUUAGUAAAUAUGAUACAAAGCAUGCACCAAGUUUUUUGGCACAAACUGGCGCAGAGAAUCUGCCCCUCUGUUGGUAUAAUCUCCAAGAAUGAACUUGCAUUUUAAGUUGAAAGAUCAUUUCCCAUGGAGAAUGUCUAUGGUACUUAUAGAUAUGUGUCAUAAAGUUCAGAUGGGUUGAGUCCUAGAAAGGGGAUGCCUUCCUCCAGCCAUAUCAAGUGGGAGAGUGCCCUCACUCGGCUGUUUCUGUAUCUGUCAUAUACUUCAUUAACAUUGGCAGUUUAGGAGGAAGACAUAAAAGGAUACCUUAAAUCUGUAUACAUAUACCGUAUAUCAUGUAGUCUUAUGGUCCACAGCAAAGUCCAUGUCUAGAAGUAGCAGAACAGAAGGAUGUCCCCAUUAGUAAAUCACCCUUUGUAGAUGUGGUUAUGUAACAAUAUCACUUUCAUUGCGGUUCCUAAAGGAGAUUACACUACUAGUAGUAUUGAAUUGCUAGUUAGGAUAGUACUUCAAUAUUAGGAUAUCCCAAAACUCAUUAAAGCAUCUCUAUAUUAGCAAUGAAAUAGGUAGAAUAUAUUCUGCUUCUUGCUGGCACAAUGUCCAAUAUUUCUGAACCAUCCAGUACUGUGAUGCACAACAUGUUUCUUCAUAAUCUGUUCUGUCGGGCACACCUCUUGUUACAUUGCGUUCCAAACCUCUUCUAUCCUAUGACGGUUUAUUGUCGGCAGAUUUUACAUUUACGUUUUAACUAACAGAAUAGAUCCUUUUUCAUUAUG